ACUGGGAGGACUCAGGGUUGUGGAGAAACCAUCUGCGAAAAUUCUCCCAUGUUUCUCCCCGGGAGCAACCCUGACAGUCUCUUUUGAAUGCCACUGGGGAGAAAUUUCGUCCCAACCCUGGGCCGACCUGUGCAGAAGCCCUUAAUCUCCACCUGAGUUGCAGCAGAGCGGGGAUUUUAACUCCCAGCUCCUGCUGACGAUUUCCGGACUCCCCAGGCACCUGUACACUACGGCUUCAUCCCUAGCGAAGAGUAUUUCCCAUGCCGUUAUUGCUGCAUUCUGUGCUAGAGGGGGGAGGGACCCAGAGAGAUGAAAGCCCGGUGUGUGAAACUGCCCCCCUUUCAUAUCGACCAUUGUCUCCCCCACCCCACCCCUUUUAUGCCAGGCAUCAUCCAUUUCCUGGAUAAGUUAAAGUCAACACAUCUGUUAUGUGUGCGUUCCCGGCCGGACGCCCAGCUCCCUCCCAUCUGUUCUGCCUGCAGCCUCCCUGUUUCUCCCUACAGCUUUGGUGGUGGUGGAUGUGUGAGAGUGUGUGUGUGUGUCUUUCUCGUGCUAGCUGAUGGACUCUCUCCUGGCUGGUCUCUGCUCACCUGGAUGUCUGUCCUCAGUGGGCUGAUCUGCUGGGCUUGCCAGAUCUUUUGCUCCUCCUAAUCCCCCCAGACUGCCACAUCCUAGCGGCCAGGCAAGCGACCGGCAGAAGGAGGGAGAAAUGACUGGCAAAGGAAUCAAUGAAAGAUAGGCAGCUCUGGAAUGAAACCUCUACGACUUCUGGGCACGAUCUUCAGCAGCAGAAUGAAUCAGGAAAGCAAGCAGCCUACCAAGUUCCACUAGAACUUCUCAGUUAUACAAAGUUGUUGAUCCUUUGUUCAGCAUCCUUUGACAUCUCUUGCUAGCUGAAGAAGGAAGCGGAGAGAUGAAACAGCUCCACUGAGAUCCAAAACAUUAUACAAUCUAUACAUUAUAUGAGAAACCAUUCCUUAAUUUACAGGGCAGCAUCUCAGUAUUUCCCUAGAAUUCUCAAUUAUACAUUGGGUCUCCAAAGGACAAGUAAUGCUUGUAUAAUUUACAAGGGGAAUUAGAUAGAUAAGAACAUAAUACAUUAGAGCAUAAAGACAUUCUGUGACAUACCGUGUAUCUAGACAUCUUUGCUCACCAUGGAUGAUAGGUAUACAAACAAGGUCAACCAGGUUUCGGAUGACUACCGAUAUCAAGAUGGCAACUAUGAUGGCAACUAUUACCAAGGUGGAGAGGAACCUGGCCAAGAGGAAGAUGUCCAGAGUGAUGCCACCGAAGGCCAUGAUGAAGAUGAUGAAGUCUAUGAAGGAGAAUACCAGGGCAUCCCUCACCCGGAUGACAUCAAGGCACAGAAGAAGAAGAAGAAAGCUGCGGGGAUGGCAGAUGAGUUUAAAGACCAUGCUGACCUCAUGGCGGAGAAGAUGGAGGAUGAGGAGCAGCUUGCUCACCAGUAUGAGAGCAUCAUUGAGGAGUGCGGCCAUGGGCGUUUCCAGUGGAUGCUCUUCAUCGUCCUCGGCUUAGCGCUUAUGGCGGAUGGGGUGGAGGUGUUCGUGGUUGGUUUUGUUCUGCCCAGCGCUGAGAAGGAUAUGUGUUUGUCCAGUUCCAAAAAAGGGAUGCUAGGACUGAUUGUCUACCUGGGGAUGAUGGUGGGUGCUGUUCUGUGGGGUGGCCUGGCAGACAAGCUGGGCCGGAAGAGCUGCCUCAUCUUGUGUCUCUCCAUCAAUUCUACCUUUGCCUUCCUCUCCUCCUUCGUACAGGGAUACGGAUUCUUUCUCUUCUGCCGCCUUAUCUCUGGUUUCGGUAUUGGGGGAUCCCUACCCAUUGUGUUUGCCUAUUUCUCCGAAUUCCUGUCCCGUGAGAAGAGAGGGGAGCACCUCAGCUGGCUGUGCAUGUUCUGGAUGAUUGGCGGCCUUUACGCGUCUGUCAUGGCCUGGAGCAUCAUCCCGCAUUAUGGAUGGGGCUUCAGCAUGGGCACCAGCUACCACUUCCACAGCUGGAGGGUCUUCGUGGUCGUCUGCUCCCUGCCUUGCAUCGCAUCUCUUGUGGCACUGAAGUUCAUGCCAGAAAGCCCACGGUUUUUGCUGGAGAUCGGCAAGCAUGACGAAGCCUGGAUGAUCCUCAAGCAAAUCCAUGACACCAACAUGAGGGCCAAAGGAGAGCCUGAGCGAGUGUUCACGGUUGCCAACAUAAAGACUCCAAAGCAGAUUGAUGAGUUCAUUGAAAUACAGAGCUCAACUGGGACAUGGUACCAGAGAUCCUUUGUCAGAGUCACAACCACCUUCAAACAGGUUUUGGACAAUGUGCUAUAUUGUUUGACAGCGCAGUACAGAAUGAACACCCUAUUCCUGGCAGUCGUGUGGUUUACAAUGGCCUUAAGUUACUAUGGCCUUAUUGUCUGGUUCCCUGACAUGAUACGGUAUUACCAAGAGGUGGAGUAUAAGACUCGUGAGAAAACCUUUGACAAUCACACACUUGAGAAUUUCACCUUCAACUUCACACUGGAGAACCAAGUGCAUAGGAAUGGGAAAUACACCAAUGUCACUUUUAUAAACAUGAAGCUCAGAGACGUGACUUUUGAGGACAUGGAGUUUAAGUCUUGCAACUUCGAAGACGUGACAUCCAGCGAGACCCUCUUCAAAAACUGCACCUUCCACAAUACGACCUUCUACAACACAGAUCUCUACGAGCAUAAAUUCAUUGAUUGCAAGUUUCUAUACAGCCCCUUCUUGGAUCAGAAGGUGGGUUGCCAUCUGGACUUUGAGCGGGACAAUGACUUCCUGAUUUACCUCGUCAGCUUCCUGGGCAGCCUCUCCGUGUUGCCAGGCAACAUCAUCUCGGCACUGCUAAUGGACAAAGUGGGCAGGAUCAAGAUGAUUGGGGGUUCCAUGCUGAUCUCAGCAGUCUGUUGCUUCUUCCUGUUCUUUGGGAACAGCGAGUCAGCCAUGAUCGGCUGGCAGUGCCUCUUCUGUGGUACCAGCAUUGCCGCCUGGAACGCACUGGAUGUGAUCACGGUGGAGCUCUACCCCACGGAUAAAAGAGCCACCGCCUUUGGCAUCCUCAAUGGGCUCUGCAAGAUCGGGGCCAUCUUGGGCAACUCUAUCUUUGCCUCCUUCGUCGGGAUCACCAAAGUGGUCCCCAUCCUCCUGGCAUCCUCCGCUCUGGUUGGGGGAGGCCUCCUCGCCCUGCGGCUGCCAGAGACCCGCGACCAGGUCCUGAUGUGAGCUGCCAGAAGGAGAAACGGAAGGACAACUGAGACGGCAACAGCAAAGAGCCACAUUUGGAAGACAAUCUGGACGUCCCUCAACAUUUCUCUGCCGAUAGCUCAGAUUUAGAUGGGGGAGGGACAGGCAGGCAACCUGCAGGGAAAGCAUUAAAAUUCCUUAGUUCUAGGACCGUUGUGCAAAGGGGACGGAACCCAUGUUGUCAGGACAUACCCACACACCACACACACACACACACACACACACACACACACACACACACACACCCCUGAGCUUUGCUCAUUGCUUCAAAGCUAUCCCUUCUCAGGGCUGAAGCCCCAUCUUCUUCAACAGGAAGAAGUGUAUGAACAUCUCAGGCACUCGCUGAUAGCAGCAGCAGCAUCAUUGUGCAUUGUGCAUGUCUGUGGAGGUAUGUAUGUUGUAUGGAGUGAGGUGAGGAAGCAAGCCGCUCUCCCUGCUGGUGUGACCCUCUUGACGCUCCAUGGAAUGGCUUGAUGUCUGUUUUUCCAUGGCUUUCCAGGCAAUUUGCAAUUUUUUAAAAUUUAUUUUUUAAAGAGCUCAUUUGCCACUGGCAGGCAGGGAGGGGUACAAGUGCCCAAGUCUCUUCAGGUGUAAAAUUCUCCUUUUGGGAAAUCAUCAGUCACUGGCUAGAUUUUUGGUGGAGGUCAGGCACUCAUGACAUGGUAUGUUUUUUUCCUUUCGCACACCCCACACAGGGAAGGCUACCGAGGGUCUGCUAUAGGCCAGAUUCUUAAGUAGUCUCAGGAAAAAAGUAUGUGUAUGUGUGUGUGUGUGUAUACACAUAUAUAUGUGUAUGUGUGUGUGUGUAUACACACCAACAUACACAUAUAUAUGUAUAUGCACAAACACACACAUAUAUACACAUACAUAUAUAUGAAAGCACUUCAAAUCACAGUUCCUUUUGAAAUCAUCGUCUCUGCAUUUUCCUUUUUAAAAUGUACACAUUUUGAAUUGUUAUUCCAUUUCAUUCCCAUCCAGUAGCUUUGAAAACAAAAUAAAAAUGCUCCAGCACACACAAGUAUUUUAAAAUAGCUGCCAGCCACUGGGACAAGGCCUAGUGAGGAAGCCGCUACCAUUUCUUGAAUACACCUGGCAGUGUGUAAAAUACACGGUGUUUAGCAUAUUUCUGCAAGGAGAAAUAUUCUCAUUUGUUUGUCUAGUUCCAUCCUUGUUCAUUGAACAUCAAAUGAUUUCAGAAACCAAAUAUGUACAUAUUCUGCAGUGUAAAUAGGGGAGGGGGGUUGAUUAAAGGGUAGUGUAUGGUAACUGCAGGAAUUUACCAGUAUUAUAGCCAUAUUAAUUAAUGAAAGUGUCUGAGUUACAUAUAGAUUUCAGUCUUAUUGGGACACUGUCAAGCACAGUUUUUGGGAGUAGCCAUUUAAAUCGUUUUAUGGGAGAACGGCAUUCAACCGAAAUCAUUGUACAGUACUAUAGACUGGACCUGCAUUUUCAGCCAAGGGAACAGUUGUGUUUUUCCCCUCCCUAUUCUGUAAAAACCACCAAUUCUUGGGAUUUGUUGAGCUCUUGAACAGCACAGCUCAGGUUCUCUCACACUGCUAAAUGCAAAGCUAUCCACGCUUGGUUGCAAUUUCAGGAAGCAAGAGUGGAAUAAACCACGUUUUCUGGUUACAACCAGGCGAAAAGGAAAAGCAACGCUCGUGGCGUCAGGAGUGGUUGGGUGCCGGUGACGCAGAGGUCCUUUGAGCCUUUGAAGGCCAACUGUUUUCAGCUUUUGCAGAUGAAACUAUGAGGACUCUGAAAAAGAAGAGAUGCAAGAAGUCUUUUGAGGAACACCAAACUGGGACUCAGAGACUGUCUCGAAAUCCUUCACAUAUUUACUGAUUUGUCUGUAGUUGGUGCAAGAUUUGCUGUGGAGGAUUUCCAGCACUGAGAUGAUAUCCUUGUUUAAAUAUAUAUAUAUAUAUAUUUGGGAAACAUGAGCCAUCCUUAGAAAGUUGCCAUAUGAGAAUCUGCCUCUCGCACCAUAAUAAACUCUUGGGCAUCCACAGACUUGUUUCCAAAUGGCCUGAUAUGCAUAUUCGGAGUUGCAUGGACCGUAUUCUUUUCCUCUUCCUCCCACUCAGUGAGCUUUAAAGCCUGAAUGGUUUCCUUUCUUUCCUCUUUAAUGACAUCAAAGAAGCCAUAUUGUCUUGUCCAAUCUUGGGAGAACUGGACAGAGAUGGUUCCAAAUCUAGGUCUGAAUCUCUCUGUUUCCAGUCCACCAUACUUCUACACGGACGUCUUCAUACCUUAUCAGCAACCAAUGUGAAUACUUCCUCCUGGGAGCUGCAGACCUCUGCGGCUGUUGCAUAAUCUGUACAGAACAAAGUAUCCAGUAGUUAUCUCCAUCCAGGUAUCUGUGCAUUUUGAGCCUCUGUGUCGAAUAUCAUGAGUAAGUUGUUCUGUAGCUCCUUGUCUGUUUUCACGGAAUGCAUCCACCACCUUGAAAUUCAUGUUAAGCAAGGAACUUGCAAUAAAUGUAAACCAAUCUGA